AUGGAUGUAGUGAGAAGAGUGCACGAGGAACGAGGAAAGGUAUAUGAGAUGAUUAAGAAGAACGUCAUGGAGCGAAAGAGCUUUACAGUGAGAAUAGGAUGUGCGUAUUGUGCGGAAAGGGCAUUGCAAGAACGGAACACUGAAUCUAGCGGACAGCCGGUAAGCAGCUCGGUGCCUGAACGGUCAGAGCAUGUACGGUCAGAGCCUGAACGGUCAGAGCCUGCGCGGGCCGAGCCCGCACGGUCAGAGCUUGUGCGCUCAGAGCCUGAACGGUUGCACCCUGUCUCGCUAGUACGACGCCGUUACACUCCGAGCUCUCGUCUUUACUAUAAAGACGAAGAGCACGACCUUCGUCCUCUUCCAGAGCCAGGCUGUCUAUUCGAGCUGGGCAGAUUUUUCGUCGCAUUAAUCCUAGGAAAAAGGAUAGUUUAUCCAUUAUAUAAUAGGGAACAUCAAAUUGUCACGAAAGAAACUCUGAAGGAGGAUAAUAGUACAGAAACAGACGCUGGACAACCUGGCAGCUACUGCACUAGGGAACAAGUAGAAAGGGCAAUUGAACGCAAUCAAAAUAUGCACGGACGAAGUUCUGAAAGUCAAGGCAGAUCAAGUGAAAGGGGUGAAAAUGAUGCAAAAAGUGAAAACGGUGAAAGGGGUGAAACUAUUGAAGGGAGUGGAAAGGGUAGACGGGUUGGAACGGGUAGACAGGUUGAAACGGAUAGACAAGUUGGAACGGGUAGACAGAUUGAAACGGGUAGAAAAGUUGGAACGGGUAGACAAAUUGAACCGGGUAGACAGGUUGAAACGGGUAGACAGAAUGGAACGGGUAGACAGAUUGAAACGGGUAGACAGAUUGGAACGGGUAGACAGAUUGAAACGGGUAGGCAGAUUGGAACGGGUAGACAGGUUGAAACGGGUAGACAGAUUGAAACGGGUAGACAGGUUGAAACGGAUAGACAGGUUGGAACAGGUAGACAGAUUGAAACGGGUAGACAGGUUGAAACGGGUAAACAGGUUGGAACGGGUAAACAAAUUGAAACGGGUAGGCAGAAUGGAACGGGUAGACAGGUUGAAACGGGUAGACAGAUUGAAACGGGUAGACAGGUUGAAACGGGUAGACAGGUUGGAACGGGUAGACAGAUUGAAACGGGUAGGCAGAUUGGAACGGGUAGACAGAUUGAAACGGGUAGACAGAUUGGAACUGAUAGACAGGUUGGAAUGGGUGGACGGGGUGGAAUGGGUGGACGGAGCGGAAUGAGUGGACGGGGUGGAAUGGGUGGACGAGGAGGAAUAGGUGGACGGGGUGGAAUGGGUAGAACGGGUGGCCGAGGUGGAAUGGGUGGAGGGAUGAAAAGAUGUUUACCUCCUUGGUGUCCAUGA